UUCUUCUCUUAAGCUAGGAUUAACUUUCGUAUAGAUAAUGACGGAAAUGUUCUAUGAUAAAGACCUAAAUUAAAGAGUCCAAAGCUCAGCACGUGUGUUCAGAUGUUAUUGGGUUCGAGUUCAGAUGUUAUUUGGUUUGAGUUUAGAUAUUUGGUUUGAGUUAUUUGUUUUGAGUUCAGAUUUUAUUUGGCUUGAGUUCAGAUGUUAUUUGGUUUGUUACGUAGUGGUUUGGUUGUGGGACAAAGUCUAAUCAUCUAGAACGCAAGCCUUACUGAUGAUUUUUAGAAAAGAGCUUUGGGGUAUUCUUAUUUUAAUGGCCUGAAUUUCAGUGCUUUCUGUGAAUGGAUCGUUUGUUUGUCCUCUUUAAGUAGACGGCCAGUGACAUAACCAUGCAAUCUGUCAUUGAACCUGAGACUUAUCAAAUUCUUAUAACUCUUUCACGUGCUAACUCAUAAAGCUAGCCAGUGCCAACUACUGUACGUCUGCAGCGCCAUCGUACUGGUGGUGACUCUGGGACUAGUCAGUAUGUCUUUUUUGUCUUUUUUUUUCCUUAUAUAAAAAAACCCAAACAUAUAAAGCAACCGUGCAAAGAGAAUAUCACGGACCUCUGAAACGGUCAAACUUCCAGACAUCACAUCAAAUGCAAAAGGAUAUUAUUGUUUCAGACUCUGUGUAUGUCUAAAACUUAAAAGAAGUAGUACAGUUUUAGUUUCAUACUGGUGCCCUGUAACAGUCUUCUUUCUAGUAUGAUACAGAUACUUGUUUUUUGGGAAGGGAAGGUGAUGUUACCUGCUCUGUCUUUUCAUAGGCCUUACCUCCAUAAAUGUGACCUAUGAGGACAAAGGGCUUGAAAAAACGGGGUGUUUGUGUCUGGUUAAUUAGUUAUUAAUUGGUGUGUGCUCUUGGAAAGCAAUGUUUGACAAAUAUCAAACUGGUUUGACAAACUGUAGACUAGUGCUGCUGCCAAGAGAAGCAGCCCCAUUACCACCUGUCCUGCUCAACGGUACCUUUGCAGGUGGGACUACCUGGAUGGUAAACUGGAGGUAAUUCAUUCUGCUGAAAACCUAAAGCUCUUCCCCUUGCUCCUCCUUUGCAGUACUGUUUUUCAGCUGAAAUCUUUUUCUGGUAUAGUUUACGUUGACCCUGCAAACACCUGCUCCAAAGAAAGUUCUGGGGAAAAGUGGAGGAAAGACAUGAUUGUGUCUUCAGGCAGCUCUGACAGCUGAGAGUGUUCAGCCAGCCAGAGCCUGGGGGUUGAUUUCUUGGCAGAAAGGGGAAUGGAUGAAUGUAACCUUUUUCAGAGUUUAAGUCUUUUCUGAGGAAAGUCGCGUGCUAUCUACUCCUUCUCAGUGGUCACUCAGUUGAGGUGGAUUAAACUGCCUUUACAGUAGUAUUCACAACCCUAGAUUAUUCUGCAGCAGAUGAGGAGCACUUGUAUGGUCUGUAUUGUUGACUCGCUACAAAGGAGUGGUGAAUUUUCACACUACUGAGACUAGAUUUGUGAAAGAGUCCUUGAACGUACUCUUUGCUAUAACCUUUAAUGAAAUUUUUAAAACAUCUUUCUCCUUGGCACAUCACUGGGUUCUUUUUUUUUCCAAGGUUUUUGCUUGUUCAACACCAUGGCUUCUGUGUACCUUGUCUUUUUUAAACAGUUAAUGCUUGAGCUAGUGAUUGUGCUUUUUUUUCCGGGACUUAUGUGGUGUUAAUAUUGCUAGAACUGAGUCUCUUGAAGUUGAUUUAAAUAUUGUCUAAGGUAAAAUGCUUGAAGUCUGUGAAGUGGCAUUUAUGUUGCAGAUUUUUUGUUAGCAGUAGAGGAAGCAGCUGAGGUUCUGGCAGCCGCUUUACAAGAAGAAAAAGAAAAAAAGUGAAAAGGAAGAACUGAGGAAACAAACUAUGAAAGUAUUGAUUAUUGGCCUUGGAGGUGUAACAAAUGGGGGGAAAACGACGCUGGCAGAAAAGCUUAAGAAAAUGCUUCCCAACUGUGAUAUAAUCUCUCAAGAUGACUUCUUUAAGCCAGAGUCUGAAGUAGAAACAGAUGAACGUGGAUUUAAGCUAUAUGAUGUACUUGAUGCCCUCUAUAUGGAUGAAAUGGUGAAGAGUAUUCACGAUUGGAUGAAAAGUCCAGCAAGCUCAGAUGUUGUGACAGAAGAUCCGCAGAAUACGUGUGACAAUCUGAAAAAUAUAGACGAUGUUUAUAUUUUGAUUGUUGAAGGCUUUCUACUAUACAAUUAUGAGCCACUUAAUGAGCUGUGGAAUAGAAGAUUUUUUUUGACCCUUCCUUAUGAAGAGUGCAAAAGGAGGAGGAGCACCAGAGUCUAUCAGCCAGCAGAUACACCGGGGUACUUCGAUGGACACGUGUGGCCUAUGUAUCUGAAAUAUAAAAAUGAAUUGGAAGAAAAUGGAAGCAACGUCGUUUAUUUAGAUGGAACAAAAUCCCUGGAUGAACUUUUAUCCUGUGUGUAUAGUGAUAUAAUACAGGAGUUAAAAAAGCUGAGGGAAGGAAAUCAGGAUGUCACGGAAGGGUAAAGUAGAAAGCCUGGGUUGCAUUCAAUAUGAAUUGAAGACCCUAAGACUGUCAUACUUGGCAAACCAAUCAACCAAGCGGAUCUUAUGUGUACAUCCAUAAUACUAGUUCAUACGGCACGGGUGGAUUUGUAGCAGUUGUUAACUCUGUGAGCCUCAGAUAUGGUUGAGUAGUAUCAACAGCGCAUUAUUCUUUAGAAUUUCUCCAGUCAAUCAUUCUUCGGCUGAAGUUUAAAUCUGAUUGAAUGCAUACGUAUAAAAGAAUCUAAAUAUAUUUUUGUGUACCAAACCAUAAAGUUGCAUUUCUGUUGAAUUAAUAAGCAUAUUUGAAGAUGGAUGAAUGCAAUUUGAAAUGUUCAUAUAGGAAUGAAAG